AUCAAAUUUCAUCCACUAAUGAUUCAUUUAAUUUCAUUUUAUUAUUUGGAUCCCUCCCACAAUAUUUAAGCUUAAUCUGCUCCCAUUACUUAGUUCCUACUCUCAUACCAAAUGGAUACGAUACUAGGAAAUACCAAUUUCCGGUAUAGCCACCGCCGGUCCGACGGCUAUGAGGCCCUGAAACCAACCGGCGAUCAUAACCGGAGAAAAAGGGUCGGUGUUGAUCACGAUAGUUCUGAUGAUUAUGACGGCCACGGUGACCGGAGACCGGUUUCUAAGCCGAGGAGCAGUACAAGCCUGAGGCAACAUCCGCCGGCGGUGAUGCUGAGUUCUUUCAGUUACCGGAGAAACAGGGCAAGGCAGAGGCAGAUUUUCCUACAAACUUACAAGUUGUCAUCGGUCACGAAUAAUAACAAUAAUUCUUCCAGAAAAUCUCAUCCGAAGCUGAAGAAAUUCGUGGUCAAAGUGAAGUCAAUGGUGGUUUCGGUUUUGUCGUUUAUGAGGGCUGAUUAUCUGAGAUCUUCUUGUAAAUCGGGAUCCGCCAUUUGUGUUACUUCCCCUUCCGGAAUUGUCAAACUUUGCUGAUCAUCAUCUUCAAAAAAUUUCUAGGUAACACCAAAAAAGAAAGCUAAAGAUAGAUAGUUUCAAAAUUAUUAUGGUAAGAACUAUGAUUUCAUCAAUUAGACCUUUGUUGUUCCAUGUUUCCAAUCGAAUAUAAAGUGCUCCCUUGUCUCAAAAUAAAAGUUUCGAAGUUAAAUUGUUUUAGUUCGAUAGACUAUACUUUCAUUUUGCGAAAGAGGGAGGAUUCUUAUAAGGAGGAGUUCUUUUAUUUUAUAUAAUACUAGUUUUUGCAAUAUGAAAUUUCAUGUGUACUUGGAUUAUACUUAUUUUAUUAUUAUUAUUUUUUUCCUGAACGAAGGAGUGUUAAUUGCCGAUGGCUGUAGUUAUUGAGCCAACAAAAUGUUUGUAGUAGUGGCC